CUCUCGGUAUGGUCACAACACCCUCCUCUGCUGUCUCUAGCAGCUCUCUGGGGCCACACAGCCCCCGUGUCACCCCAGAGACACCCAUCAAGGCCACCAGCAGUUCCCGUGACCCAGCCUUAGAGGAUUCCAGCACAGACACAUGGGAAGCCACAGCCAUGUCCUGGAAGAACACCAUCCCCUCCAGCAAUGCCAUUACACCAGCUGGCUCACCCAGCAUUGACACCUCCAUGGUGACCAGGCACACCACGGUGUCACCUCCUAUGGCAACGACCAACAGUGCUGCCCAGUCUCCCUCUGCUAUGCAUGAUGUCCCCACUGCCCUAAGAGUGACAAACCACAAGGCCACCUCUGCAUCUACUGCCAUGUCCAGCCCUGCUAAGGGCAUACCAGCAGCCAGCAGCCCCACCAGAGCAGCUCCAGGCUUAGGGGCACAGAGUGGACCAAUCACAGCACCAGGGGCAUCCACUUAUGCCACCCCCCAGAAUCCCAUGUCCAAGCCUGGCACUGAGCUCGUCCCAGCAGUGUCACUGUACCCAUUUGGCGCAGCGGAAGGGGACACAGAGUGCAUCCAGAGAACAGUGGACUUUAACUCCCCAUUGCUGGAGCCCGAGAUCGGGUUCCCCUUGGGGAAGGCACUGCGGGACACCCUCUACUUUACAGACAAUGGACAAAUCAUUUUUCCUCCCACGGACAACCACGUCCCCUCCAGCCCCCACCCCCCUUCCCAGGGCUUCAGUGGCCAUGAGGCUUUACCCGUGGUGGCCGCCUUUUGGGGCGAUGCGGAUUUCUCUCGUGGUGUUGGCACAACCUGGUACCAGGAGUACCCCACCCUCGGCUCCAUCCGAGAUCCUAUUAUCCAUGAUGUGGAAGCAAAGAUUCAGAAAUACAUGCGGGUGCCAUACUCUGCUAAAUGGACCCUGAAGGUGACGUGGGACAAGGCUCCAUCGUACCCGUCCCAGCUGGAUGAUGCACAGACCAACACGUACCAGGCGGUGCUCUCCACUGAUGGCAGCCGCUCCUUUGCCUUGCUGCUGUACCAGGAUGGUGGCAUGCGGUGGGACUACGCCAGGCUGGCAGCCAGGGAUGCGCUCAUCGGCUUCUCCAGUGGUGAUGGCUAUGCCCUGAACAGUGAGCUGACUGAAGAGCCACCAGCUGUUAGGUACCGUCCAGACCAGCACCGCAGCCCCGGCACUGAUGUGCGUGGGCUGUGGCUGUUCCGGCUGGACAACAGCAGCCGGGUGAACUCCAGGCUGCAGUGCCUGACGUGGCUGCAGGCACAGCCACCACCGUCCACCUGGAGCAUGGAGCUGCCACCCUGCCCCUGCUCACGGCCCCAGGCAGAGCUGGACCCCCGAUACCGCCGGAGCAGAAGUGCUGAGUCCCCUCCUGCACCUGGGGUGACCACUGUACCCCAAAAUACUUCAGAUCUCUUUGUGACGGUGCUGCGCACCACAUCCCCCAGCCGGAUGGGAGCUGGGGUGCGGUGUGUGUACCACGGCACAGGGUUUUUGGAAGGAUGGCAGGAGAGAUUCUGGAGCCCACCCAACAAUCCUUCAGACAACCAAGAGCUGGAGGCGUUUGAAUGGUGCUGCCGGCAAGUGGGGAAGCCUCAUUUCUGCACCAGGUACAGCGAGAAGAGACCAAGAGCUGGCUGUGAGGGAUAUGUGCCACCCACCCCUGCCAAUGCCUUUGGGGACCCCCAUGUCACUACCCUGGAUGGCCUUACCUACACCUUCAAUGCACUUGGGGACUUCAUGCUGCUGCUGGCCAGUGAUGCUCACACCAGCUUUGUGCUGCAAGGGCGCAUGGCCCGCACCGGUACAGCCCGGGCCACCAACUUCAUGGCCUUUGUUGCCCAGUACACCUCCAGCACCACCACAACAGUUGAGUGGACCUUGGGGAGCUCUAAUGAGGUACAAGUUCUGCUGAACUAUGAAACCAUCCAGUUUUCCUACUCCCAAGACAUGGAUGCUGAGGUGUACUACAGCCCCAGUGUCCUGCUGGUCAACACCUCCUCCAUCACAGCCAUCUUUGAUGGGACCAUCUCCAUCUCCGUCUCAGCCAACUCUGGGAUGCUCAGUGCGGUAUGCAGCCUGCUGGAGCAGUACCAUAAUGGCACCAGGGGCCUGCUGGGUGUAUGGAACCAUAACCCAGCAGAUGACUUCCAGAUGCCAAAUGGAACUAACAUUCCUGUAAACAGCAGUGAGGAAGAUAUCUUCAGCUAUGGGAUGACCUGGGCUGUUGGAGAGCACAGCCUGUUUGCCCAGCCCCUGGCUGCACCAGUAACAACCUUCAACCCCAUCUUCUUGUCUCAGCUGCGACAGGAGAGCAAAACCCAAUAUCAGCUGGCAGCCUCGCAGUGCCACGGCUGCAGGGAGUGCAUCUAUGACAUGCUGAGCACAGGGGAUGUGGCCCUGGGCUUGGCCACUCAGAGCCUGGUGGAGGACUACCAGAAGAGAAAGGCAGCACUUGAUUCCUUCCCUCCCGUGAUCACCGGCAGCCCAUUGCUCACAGCAUUCAGGACAGAACAAGUCACCAGGCAGUACCAAGCUACGGGGCCGGGUGUACGCUUUGUCCCUCACAUCUCAUCAGAACUCAACAUAUCAGAGAACGGCAUGCUGACAUGGGAGCCCCGUGGGACAGCCCCGCUCAGCAUCACCCUGCAGGCUGUCAGCCCACACCUCCCCCCAGCCCUCCUGCAGCUCAGCUUCACCCUGUGCAGCUGCCGCAGCAUCCAGCAGUGUGACUACAGCAGCACGACCACCAUCGCCAGCUCCUCCUUGCAGCUGGCAGCCUGCAGGUGUGACGAUGGAUACUGGGGCCCCUUCUGCGAGCACUCACCGGACCCCUGUGCCCAGGGCUGCUUCCCUGGCGUGGGCUGUGACCCGCACACAGGCUGUGGUCCCUGCCCACCUGGGCUGACUGGCAAUGGGCAGCACUGUGCAGAUAUCGAUGAGUGUGUGCAGAAAACGGCGUGCCAGGGGAACCUCACCUGCACCAACACUGUGGGCAGCUAUACCUGCUCCUGCCCUGCCGAUGCAGCAGGGGAAGGUCUGGGAUGUGGCACUGCCUGCAGGUCCCACUCCUGCCCUGAGGGCUUCUGCAGCAACGGGGGACGCUGCCGCCUGCACCCCCCUUCCUGUACACCCACCUGUGAGUGUCCCCCAGCAUUUACCGACCGGCACUGCGUGGUGGCAGGAGGGGACUUUCUGCCCUUGGCCAGCGCAGAUCUGCCCCAGAGGAGCGUGCUGCUGUGGGUCAGGGCAACGCAAAGUGCCACAGCUGAGGAAGUCAAUGCCACUGUCUCAGCCAUCCUGGGCUCUCUGGAGGUGAAGGCAUUUUGGAGCAACACCAACAUCACCUGCAUCAGGACAGCUGAUGGCCUCACCUUUGCUGUGGUGGCCAAAUUUACCUACAAUAGCAGCAGCUUUGUCAUCCAGCUCCUGAAUGAGGAGCUGACAGUAGCCAUCACCAAUGCUUUCAACGGGCAGAGGGCACGGCGGGAGUUGGCACACUUUGCACACUUACACCUGGACAACAUCACGGACCUGGUGAAAUUAUCAGUGCCUGAGCUGCAGCAUUACUUCUCCUGCUCGCUAUAUGGCUAUGAGGGUUACCAGCUCGACUAUGUGGAGACAAGCGGACUGAUCUGCAUCUCCCCCUGCAAGAAGGGCUACUGCCAGCACGGUGGCCUCUGCCAACACCUGCCUGAGGGUCCCACGUGCAGCUGCGUGCCCUUCUCCAUCUUCUCCCCGGGCGGUGCUCACUGUGAGCAGCUCGCUGUCAGCCUCGCUGCUUUCAUCAGCAUCAUGGUGGGGGCCCUGGCACUGCUCUGCCUCCUGCUCUCCACUGCCUGUCUUGCUGCACAGCUCUGCCGUCGGCAUUGGGAGCCCCGGAGGACCAAGGGGACCUUCUGGAGAGAGCGGCCAUUCUCCUCUCUGAUGAAGGCAGAAGAGGGGGCAGAGGCCUCAGGAAGGCUCUGGGAACCACAGCUCCGGACCAUCGAUCCGUCCAUCCAGAUGCGGUUCAAGAGACCCCACAUCCUGCCUCCAUGCCAAGGCACUGUGCAGCCCUAACAUGCUCUGCUCCCAGCAGUGGGGCAACGAGGUAGGGCUCCGGGCAUGGGAAGGGGAUGGAACAUACAGAGCUGUGGGACGUGGCUGUGCCACGAGGACAUGGGUCACCAAAGCAAUGGGAUCUUCUGCAGAGGACCUGAAGAAGUGAUUAGAGUCAUCCAUAGGAGUGUCUACCACAGAGUGUGCCCCAGCAUGGUGCAACCAGACCCAGCAAUCACACUGCAUUAUGAACAAAUCAGAAUAAAAAUGAGA